AUGCUGGUGUUUGUGUUUGCGGCUGUGCUUGUGGUGGCAAGCUAUGUGCUGCAGCAGUAUCUGCCGCCACCGAAGCCGCACAUCAUCGGCAUCGACCUCGGCACCACCUUCUCCUGCGUUGCCGCCUACCACGCCCACACCGGCCACAUUGAAGUCUUCAUCGAUGACAGGAACAACACGCUCACGCCAUCCAUCGUGCACUUCCCGCCAGAUGGUGGCCAGCCCAUCGUCGGCUAUGCUGCCAAGGCAGCCUUGCCGGAACACCCACACAACACCAUCUACGAAGCCAAGCGCUUCAUUGGCCAGCCAUUCUCCCACAUCAGCGCCGAAGACAAGGACAGGUUUGCGUUUGACGUGGUCGACGUGAAUGGAUCAGCCGCCUUUCGCGUUCCGGGCUGGAGCGAUCCCAUCUUCCCCGACGACGUGGGUGCACACGUGCUGAUGAAGCGCAUUGCCGAGAAGGCCAUUGGCAGAAACGUGAAAGAGGCAGUCAUGGCGGUACCUGCAGAGUUCAAUGCCAAGCAGCGAGCAGCGACCACAUCUGCGGCCACCAAGGCUGGCUUGUCUGUCUUGCGUCUUCUCAGCGAACCAACAGCUGCCGCGCUAGCAUACGGGCUCCACAACAAGUCCGACAUCAACCACGUGCUCGUGUUUGACUUUGGCGGCGGCACCCUUGACGUGUCCAUCCUCCACGUGGAAGGAGGUGUGUUCACGACGUUGGCGGUCGCUGGUGAUAAGCAUCUUGGUGGCGAGGACCUCAGCCAUGCACUGUUCAUGCAUGCACGUGCUCGCCUCGCCGCCAACACCGACACCACCGGCGCGAGUGAGAGCGAUGUGCAGCAACUGCGCCUGAGCGUGGAGGAGGCCAAGAUUUCGCUGAGUCAGCACUUGUCAGCCACCAUUCGCAUGGGGGAGCACAGCAUCCAGGUGACGCGGGAUGAGUUUGAGACCGUUGCUGCUCCGCUCUUCCAACGGAUACACAAUCCAAUCCACCAGGCGCUGGCUGAUGCCCAUAUUGGGGUUGAGGACGUUGAUGAGGUUGUCCUCGUCGGCGGAUCCACGCGUGUGCACAAGGUGCGGCGGAUGCUGGCUGAGAUGUUUGGGAAGGAGCCAAACUGCAACAUCAAUCCCGAUGAGGCCGUCGCUAGGGGCGUCGCCAUGCAGGCGGGGAUCCUGGCUGGUGCGUGGCCGCUGCAGGUUGCAGCCAUCGAGGCGCCGUUCCCAGACCACGCGCACGAGGACAGCAGUAGCGCUGGUGAUGGUGAUGGUGAUGGUGAUGGUGAUGGUGAUGGUGAUGGUGAUGGUGAUGGUGAUGGUGAUGGUGAUGGUGAUGGUGAUAGUGCACGUGGUAGUGGAAUCACCAGCAUUGACCACGAUGAUGACAAGAUGUUCAAAGUGUAG